GCGAGGACAAAUGGCUCAGGUGGACUCCUCGCUAGAUGUGCUUCGAGGCUUUGCUGCUGCUGCUCUUAUUGCUGCUGCUGCCGCUGCUCCAGCUGGUGCUGCUGCUGCUGUGCUGGGGGUCCGGUCACCAGGCAAAAAGCCCUCUUGGGUUGGAGGGAAGUCAUGAGCCGUUUCUUGAACGUGUUACGAAGCUGGCUGGUUAUGGUGUCCAUCAUAGCCAUAGGGAACACCCUGCAGAGUUUCCGAGACCACACCUUUCUCUAUGAAAAGCUCUACACAGGCAAGCCGGAUCUCGUGAAUGGCCUCCAGGCUCGGACUUUUGGGAUCUGGACACUGCUGUCGUCAGUGAUUCGCUGCCUCUGUGCCAUCGACAUCCACAACAAGACGUAUGCUGUACCACAUCACACUCUGGACCUUCCUCCUCGCCCUGGGACACUUCCUGUCCGAGUUGUUUGUCUUUGGGACCGCAGCUCCCACGAUUGGCGUCUUGGCCCCCCUCAUGGUGGCAAGUUUCUCGAUCCUGGGUAUGCUAGUUGGCCUCCGGUACCUAGAAGUCGAACCAGUAUCCAGACAGAAGAAGAGAAACUGAGGCCGGCGUUAACCACCUCUGAGACUUCGUCUUCCACCUUGCGGCCCCUUCCUUCAUCCUCCGUCCUCUUCUUUCUGCUCCAUCCUGAGCCCUCUUACCACUCCUAGCCUUUUAGGUUUGGGGUUUUUCUUACACUUAAAAAUUUUUAAGCUACAACCUUCAUACAGAAAAUAUAAUGUGUACAUACAAUUGAAAGAAUCCUUUUAAAUGAUUGAAUACUCUGUCCCUUCACCCAGCUCAAGAGAUGUCCAGCACCUCAGAAACCCACUGUGUGCCCUUCCCCUACCCACAGUCUUCCAGGAUCCCUUUUCCAGCCUCCGCUUUUUCCCUUUAUUUUCAUCCCUUCCUCUGACUUGUGUGGUGGGAACACGUGAACUAUGAAACUUACAGCUGCUGCGUCACCCAGAGCAGCUGCCACCAAGGGCUGCUUCAGGAGGUCGCCCCCCGAGGUUGGGCUCCUCUCUGCUGCUGGCCCCAAGACUCUGAACCAUCCGAGGAACAGGCAGUUCUUCUAAGAAGGGCUCGCCUGUGAGUAAGCAUGGCUCGUAUACUUGUGUCUACAAGUGGAUCAGGGUUGGAAGAGUCUGGGCUGUUUUUAGACCUUCUGGUCAGCUCUAUUUGUGUAACAAAUUUUGUAAUAAAUAGAAAAAUUCUCUGCUUGGAUCA